AUGCAGCCCAAAGAUGAAUGGAAACUCGAGCAAGGCCUCGCAGCGGCAGAACUCCCCAUUGACGACCAGACCCAUCCUGAGGGACGGGCAGUUGCGAAACUCGAGGCAAGCGACGAGUCCAGCAGCGAGGACGACGCAAAGGCAGACGACAUCGCCAAGGAGGAUGAUCCUGACGUCUUGUUCGCUGAAGAACGAGAAGGCUGGCACGGGUACAUUGAAUGGGAAAGCUAUCCAGAGAAGAAGGCCAAAGCACACAAGAUUCUAAUCAGCCAGAACUUUCCACCACCCCCGGAAUUCCAACUUGGACCUAUUCCAGACACAAACCCGGUCCUCGAAGGCGUCCGCUGGAAGCUAUGGCACAAAGCCAUUGGCGGACCUUUGACGACCGUCCCCGAGGAGUCGUGGGUGCGUGUGAGCCAGGAGAAACAUCCAGACAUGCUACACCUGCUCCAAUUCCCAUAUAACGGCGAACCGCCCAAGCGACUAGUGACGGCCAAACCAGUGACGCCGAACCCACUACAUUUCAUCCGGAACCACGGCGGAGUUCCAGACAUUGACGCCAGCAAAUGGGAGCUGAAACUAGACGGCCUAGUCAAGCACCCACGCACAUUCACGCUGGCCGACCUACAGAACGAGGAACUGUUCCCACGAAUGGAGAAGCUAGUGACGAUCCAAUGCAGCGGGACACGCCGAAUCGAGCAGAUCCAACUAUACGCAGGCGAAGGGGACGAGAUGAUCAACGCGCCCUGGGCCGAGGGCGCAAUCGGCACGGCUCGAUACGUAGGCGUCUCAUUGAAGAAAGUCAUCAAGCAAUGCGGGGGCAUGGCCGAGGGCGGGAAGCACCUCGAAUUCCACGGGGCCGACACAUACUUCAAGCAGAACGAAGUCAUGAACUACCUAGUGAGCGUGCCGUGGUCGAAAGUAAAAGCCAACGAGGUGAUGCUGGCCUGGGCAAUGAACGGCGAACCAUUGCCAAAGAUCCACGGGUAUCCAGUCCGCAUGGUCGUCAUGGGCUACAUCGGCGCCCGGAGCGUGAAAUGGGUCUAUCGAAUCCGCGGACUCGCCAACCCCAGUCGCGCCCCCGUCCAGAGUAAAGAGUACCUGUACUUCAACCAGCAGGUCGGGAAACACAACCAGCUGCCCACCAUGGGCAUCCAGAUCCAGGAGAUGCCCGUCUCGUCCGCCAUCAUGUCCCCCUGGAACAAACAGGUCGUCGUCCACGAGGGCGCCAUCGAAGUGAAAGGCUGGGCCUACUCAGGCGGAGGGCGCUGGCCUGAGCGCGUCGAGGUUUCUGCAGACGGCGGCUUCUCCUGGUACCCCGUCCCAAAUGAGAACUUGUCCCCCAAACACAAAUUCGCCUGGCGAACCUGGGGGAUGCGUCUUCCCUGCGACGUCGAGGGCUGGAUUGAGCUCGUCGCCCGCUGCUGGGAUAACUCUCUCAAUACCCAGCCUCUCGAGAUCCGCUCCGCCUGGAACUGGGGCCUCCACGUCACUUCGUCCUGCCACCGCGUCCGCAUCUUCAGCGUCAACAAGUUCCACGAGCUGACUCGCAAGAGACUCGCAGAGUUCGAAAAGCACGGCGAGUCCCUGGCCCCCAUUACCCGUCCCACAGACUUUCCCAUCAUGAGCGCAGAGGAGUACGAUGAAUUUUGGCGGAGGAACGAGCCGAGAGAUGUCGACGACUAG